CGCACACAGUCCGCGCGCUCAGCUCGCAGCAGCCUGCCGGAGCUCCCGACACGUGCACACACACACACACACACACACCUCCAGCAGUCCGACUCCUCCGUCCUCCUGCUUCAUCCUCUUUUCCCCAAAACAUAUAUCCACACACACACACACUCUACCUCUUUCUACCUCCUUUCCACACACACACACACACACACACACACAGAGAAAGCGAUGAGGCUUUAUUUCUGAAGCAGACCUCGACAGAGGAGACGUCGCAGCCGGAUCGGGAGACUGACGCUCGAUGGAUUAUGUUUUAUUCCCUGCUCAGGAGGCAAAGCUCAGUUUUUCCAUGACAACAUGAACCCAAGGUGUGGGACACGAGGACGGAAAGAGUAACGUGUUGGGAGGACAGGAGACAGAACAAGAAAGGAGAGAGCUAAACAAGCCGGACUGUGAAGAUGCCGAGGCGGAGAGAAGAAAUGCAGAGAGACGUGUGGACUCGGAUCUUGCUGGCGUGGAUUACCUGUGUAUGCCUCGGCUCCUCGACGCCGUUUGUCAACCAGUCGCAAAGUUUAGAAACAAGGCCGAGUUCAGAAAGCCAGACUUCUCUGCCGGAAGGACGACGCGUCCUCCAUCGAGCCAAAAGAGGAUGGGUUUGGAAUCAAAUGUUCGUGCUGGAGGAGUUUUCUGGACCUGAUCCGAUCCUCGUUGGCAGGCUCCACACGGAUCUGGACGUAGGGAGCAAGAACAUCAGAUACGUUCUGGCCGGAGAAGGAGCAGGAACCAUUUUCGCUAUCAAUGAGCUGACGGGCGACAUUCACGCCAUGAAGAGGCUGGACCGCGAGGAGAAGGCGGAGUACACGCUCACUGCGCAGGUCAUCAACCGAGACACCAACGAGCCCCUGGAGCCUCCGUCAGAGUUCAUCAUCAAAGUGCAGGACAUCAACGACAAUCCGCCGCAGUUCAUCGAGGGGCCGUACCAGGGCUCGGUCCCCGAAAUGUCACCCGUCGGGACUUCGGUGACGCGGGUCACAGCCACGGACGCAGACGAUCCGGUGUACGGGAACAGCGCCAAACUGGUGUACAGCAUUUUGGAAGGACAGCCGUAUUUCUCCAUUGAUCAAAACACCGCAAUUAUUAAAGUCGCCCUGGCCGGGAUGGAUCGCGAGAUGAGGGAGGAUUAUCUGGUGGUCAUUCAGGCUAAAGACAUGGGUGGUCACAUGGGGGGAUUAUCCGGGACCACCACAGUCACAGUGACGCUGAUGGACGUCAACGAUAACCCGCCCAAAUUUUCAAAAGGCUCGUACGAGUUCACCAUUUCAGAAGACCUCGGCAUCGGAAAACCCGGCGGGCGAGUGAAAGCGAACGACCGAGACAUCGGAGAAAACGCAAAAUCAACGUACAGCAUCAUAGCGGGAGACGAAAAGGACGUGUUCGAGAUCACGACUGACUCUCAGACUCAGGAGGGAAUCCUCACUCUGAAAAAGGCUCUGGACUACGAAAGCAAAAACUUUUACAACCUCACGGUGGUGGCGACUAACGUUCGGCCUUCAGCAACCGGAGCCCCGUUUAUGGACCAAACGACGAUCAAAGUCAUCAUAGAGGACGCGGACGAGCCCCCUGUCUUUACAAAGUCCACUUAUGUGUUCGAGGUGCAUGAAAACGCUGCCAUUAACACCGUCGUCGGAACCGUUACAGCCCGAGACCAGGACGCUACCCGCAGCCUCAUCAGGUACUCUAUCGAUCGGCACACAGAUCUGGAGAGGCAGUUCAAUAUCCACGUGGACGACGGGAAGAUCACGUUAGCCAAACCGCUGGACCGCGAGGCCGAUACGUGGCACAACAUCACCGUGACGGCGACAGAAAUCAGGAACCACAGCCAGAUCUCCAGAGCGAUCGUGGCCAUCCGAGUGCUGGAUAUAAACGACAACGCUCCUGAAUUUCCCACCGAGUACGAAGCCUUUCUCUGUGAAAAUGGAAAACCCGGGCAGGUGAUCCAGACCAUCAGCGCUGUGGACAGAGACAAUCCAGCUCAAGGACACACCUUUCACUACAGACUGGAGAUGCUGAACAACCCAAACUUCACCAUUAAAAACAACUUAGACAACUCCAUCAGCAUCCUGGCGAAGCACGACUCGUUUCGACGUCAGAAACAGGAGCUGUACCUGCUGCCCAUCGUGGUGAGUGAUGACGGAGAUCCGCCGAUGAGCAGCACCAACACUUUGACCAUCCGGGUGUGUGGCUGCAGUAAAGACGGCGUGGUUCAGUCGUGUAACGUCGAGGCCUUCGUCCUGCCCAUCGGCCUCAGCAUGGGGGCGCUGAUAGCCAUCCUUGCCUGCAUCAUCUUACUGCUGGUGAUCGUGGUUCUGUUCGUGACUCUGCGGCGUCACAAAAGCGAGCCACUGAUUAUUAAAGAUGAGGAGGAUGUUCGGGAGAACAUCAUCACCUACGACGAUGAAGGUGGAGGUGAGGAGGACACAGAGGCUUUCGACAUCGCCACCCUGCAGAAUCCCGACGGCAUCAAUGGCUUCCUGCCCCGCAAAGACAUCAAACCUGAGCUGAGCUACAGUGUCCGUGCCGGACUCAGACCUGCAGCCAAUGGCGUCGACAUUGACGAGUUCAUUAACGUCCGGCUCCACGAAGCUGAUAACGACCCGACGGCACCACCAUAUGACUCCAUCCAGAUCUACGGCUAUGAAGGUCGGGGAUCCGUGGCUGGCUCUUUGAGCUCACUGGAAACUACUUCUUCAGAUUCGGACCAGAAUUUCGAUUAUCUCAGAGAGUGGGGUCCGCGGUUUAGAAGACUUGGAGAGCUCUACUCAGUGGGCGAGAGUGACAAAGAAACUUGAGGCAUUACUUUUUUCCGUCCUCAUGACUUUUUUCAUUAUGGUUAAAACACAUCUGUUUUAAAAUGGUGGGAACCUUUUAGCUUUUUUUUUUUUUUUUCCAAAUCUCUUAGAGACAAGCAUACUAGGGUCAGUCAUCCACAUCAAAGUGCAUAACGGGGCUGAACUUCACCACCACAGUGUCUGUCAUAGGAGGUCACUGAUUCUUGUGGAGUCUUGUAGAUUAAGUGUUUUUGGCUCGUCGUUUGUUCACUGUGACCAGCAGAAGUGAAGAUUCUUGUUGGUCACAUAAAGAGAAGGACGAAAUGAAAAAAGGUUUGAGAGAUGUGGAUGGAAAUCUUAGGCCUCAAAAUGGCUGGGGACGUCUUCUUAACACCAUCCAGCCGAUCUGAGGAAGAAAGGAACUUUAUAAAAUCGACAAAAAAGCAAUAUAUGGUCUACUAUGUUGAAUGUAUGUGUGUAUGUUUAAAGGUGAGAUAAGUGUACAAUAUUGGCUUUAAUAGAUCUUAGUUGAGAUAGCAUUUGAUACCAAGUGGCCGGAUUUCCUGAAAAGCCUCGAGGCUUGCUUUAUACACCCUGUUUGUAUUUGCGCUCUUAGUGUGUUUCACACUCGAACAUUAGUAGCCUAUAACAGACUGAAGACAAAAAGAGAAAUGUAGAAACAACGAGGCCUUCUUUUUACAGAAGCAUAAAUACAGUUGUAUUUAAAACAAUUUUUGGAAACAUCAACCGUGUUUACUUCAUUAGCGUAGUAUGAUUUAUAAAUAUAUGAAUAUUCAUUGUCUGUUUUGUGCUGCAAGUAUAAAAAAAAUGGUGUCAUUUCAGUUUCUCUUUUUCUGAUUUAUUUCGUCACCAGAAAGCUCCUAUUGAAAAUGCUUAAAUUAGAAAUACAGUACCGCAGUUUCUGCAGAGGUCACCAGUGAUCCUGUUAACACCUGAUCAUUUCAUGCCUCACGUCAUGAGGAUCAGUAUUAUUAUAAUAUCUGGAUAUAAUAUUCUCAAAGCAAAAUUAUGUGUGUACAUCACUAGGGAUUUCAUUUAAUCAAAUGUUAAAGUGCAGUAAACACAUCUGUGCAAAAGAAACAUCAGCCUAAAGAAAAUCCCUCUCAAUAUACCAUGUCAUGGCUGAAACCCUGGAAGAACCUAUCAAAAAUUAAACCACUUCUGAUGCAUUAUUUUAAGAGACCUUAUUUGAUAAGAUAGAAGAGUCAGAACUGUGACCCCUAACAAGACAAAAUGUCAUAACUGAAACCUACCCCAUUAUAUUACAUUAGAAUUGAAUCCCCUUUUUAUGUCAUGAAAGAAACUCCUUAAAUAUAUGCCAUGCUGUAACAUUACGUCAUGAUUAAACCUCUCGUUAAACAUUACGUCAUGACUGA